AUGUCAACUGUUGAUGAACUCCGCCGGGCAGUAUAUCGGUAUUUAGAGGAAACUGGAGGAUUGCGCAAACUUGAAGCCCAAACUGAGGCUGAGGUAUUUUCAGCCCUUAAUAACAUGGCUAGUAAUGGUGAAAGAAAACCGUCAGACCCCAUCCAUUCGGAAAAUUUCCUUGUUAACGAGUUGAUAUUAGAAUACUUCAAAUUCAACGAGUAAGUUCCCGGUUAUUCAGUUAAUUGCCUUAUCAUCUAAAUUAAAUUAAAGGGGGCUUCUGGUAUAUUCUUUUGUACGUCCGAGUAGUCGAAUAUUUUCUCGCCAAAUGUAUAUGUAUAUAACUUCAUAUAUAUAUAUAUAUAUAUAUAUAUAUAUAUAUAUAUAUGCUUGCACAAACAUGAAGGGAGGUUCGAGGUUUAAGUAAAUUGUCCCGUUUGUCAUCCCUUAAAAACAAAAGAGAAAAGGCGACCUCAUGAACACACUGCAUUUUUGCUGACGUCUCGGCAAAUUUGGAGAAUGAUAGGCUAGGUUUGCAUAUUGUAGCGACCAAGGUUGUUUAGGAAGGCACACGCAGUGUAAUUUAAUCAGAUAACUUCCUAACACAGUUAUUAGAUUUUCCACCGCAUUCCUCCGGGCGAAUAAGACAGAACAGUACUUAGGCUGGUAUACAAGGUAUGCUUAUAACAGAAAUAAAGUUGGGACAUAGAGAAACAGUUAAUAUAUAAGAAAUAGAUGAUUUCCACAAUGAGACUGUUUCGUCUGGACAGAAGACAACCCUUCAUGGAAACUUGACAUUUGGAUGGAAACACAGCACUGUUGGCAAUACCGGGAGAGGGCCAGGAAAGACAGGCGUAGAAUGUUAGUGGGAGACGCGCUGCGACGAAUCUUGUAAGGGAGUAGAUGGCAGUUGAGGGAUGGGAUACCGGCUGUCUUGAGUAAUAUGGUUCUGCGCGAAAAAGUGCCUUCAUGUAGUUAGGAAAACUCUGUCCAACUCGUGAUCUGUUACUUUAUGCAUAAGAAGUUAAAGUACUGUGUGCGUGGCUUUAAAUCGUUACUCCACUUAGGUUUUUUCGUAAAAAAGUUCAACAAGCGUAACGCUUUGAACCAGCAUUGACAGGUCGGUUUUUAUGUCAAAUUUUAGUUCCCAAAGUAGAUUUCAAAAAACUUCAAUGAAGGAUAUCCAAUCAUUGGUUGCGAAUCAGUUUAAAGAUAACGAAUUUGCUUUCUACGACUUGUAAAGAUAGGAUGCAUUUUCGUUUCAUAUCGUAUAAUGGCUAACGCUUAUUUAGAUAAGAUCUUAUGAAAAGGAUGCAUUUAUUAUUUGUUCAUAAUACACUGUUCCCUCAUUUAUUUCGAACAGUUGAUUUACUCUUCUUAUUGUAUACGGCUGUCGUCAAACCCCACAGAUGUCACUGGUGAUACUUUUCAUGGAAAGGCGAUUAUUUACAGCUUACCUGGAUAGGUUGACUCAUUAUUUUCCGCAGUAAAGGACUAAUUUUCCAUAAACGACGUCCAUAUACUGACUGACUCUGUUGAUCUGUCUCUCCAAACUGGGCUUGUUGUCACGCUCAAUUAGUCAUCAACAUUUAUUUUGAGUUACCAUCAUAUAAAUACCGUUCGGGUUGUGAUGGGCACACAUAAACCACCUCAGUCGACUCUGUUUCAUUUUUAUCGUUCGAAACGAGUUUGGAGUGGGUCGUUCUCUGUCAGCGUUGGUGUCAGGUCCCUAAAAUUUGACUAUCGUUCACGUGCUGAAUCCAUUACCCAGGGUCGUACAGAACGACUGUCUUGAAGUAUUGCCGGCACUCACAAACUUUAGCAAUGUGUGCCUAUGCACUUUUGGUGACUUGCAGAAACCUUAAGAGCGACAGAGAUUGUCCGGUGAGUAUUAUAUUGUGUGACAUGACAACGAGCAGAUCCGAAAAUCCUUGAACCGUUUUACCUUUUCACGCCAAUAAUCGUAAUAAAUGCCAACUGUCGAUCAAAAACCCUUCUCGCAAAAUCUGGUUUUUGUUGAUUAGGUAAGUAGACUGUCUGAUUAAAUGUUGUAAAUAAUUUGAGGCCAUGCACUCUGCAGGCCAUCAUUAUCCAAUACCCGUGGAUUGGUACCAUUGAUAUAAUCGGGACCGGAAAGCCAAAGUUCUAGUUCAAAUCCGACAGUGUCAAAACCGCGUAGAGUCGUUCAGAAAAUCCCGUGAACGACCAAAUCAAAUUGGAUGGGCAAUAGCAUACAAGUUUAUGAUAUGCUAAGCUAAAUAUCAAGCGAUCGUCUAGGAUUAAGAAGGAUCACAAUUGCACUCUUUGGGCAAUAAGAUAUCUUGAUUAUGACUAAGAUUGUUUCGAACACAGUUUAGCUGUAUCCAUCGUAGGAACCGACUAUGAGUGGAAAAAAUGUUGCAAAAAAGUCAGCUAAGCAGAUGGCCGUGCAAAUAAUUACGCAAUCCACUCACUUCCAUCUGAAACCCGAUUUUGUUUUCCCCUUUACUUCAACGACUCAUGUUUUAGACAGUCGGCAAGUGUCAAUGACUUAGACCUUUGCAACAAUCUCUACGAGAAAUAUAUGUAGGCAGUUUUUGUACCUCGCCGUUUCUCCGUUUAUGAAGUAAGACACACCGGUAACUGAGCCCACGUUCUCAUGAUAAAUUCAUCCUCUCUGGCUCGUUUAAUCGCCUCGCGGGAUCAGAGUACCGAUUACUGGCCACAUUUUAUUUUAACAAUGUCAUCGAUUAUUUAGUUUUUCGAAUGUCAGACUGGCUUUCUAGGACGGCCUGAACAGGAACGGCUUCCGGAAAGACGCCAAUUUUGGAUAAAUGGCUGACACUUGAACGUGAUUUUAAAGAUGAAACUGUAAGCGAAUGAAAAAUCUUCAAACAUAAUCCUUCGAAGGUUAAGGAAACAUCUUGUUCUAACUUCUAAACAACGAUUUUACAAAUGAAAGGCAAUCGCAGAGAGUAAUUCCAGGGACAUGUCUGCUCAACUCGGUAAUAGGAAUUCUAGCGAAAACUGACAUGACAUUAGUAAAGUAGAUUUAGCGAAGACAGAGUAGCAUAAACAUGAACGGGCCCUGAAGUGCCACGCAUCAAAUAACGUAUACCAUUUGAUUUGUUUGCUGCUACCAUUGAGGACGUUAGAACUGGAUAUUAAGGUUCAAGACACGCAUCGAGAGAAUUUACGGCUUGAGACUUACUGAUGCCGCUAAUCUAUUUAUGCUCGACGGUCUUGUAAAAAUAUUCCGAUUACCGCCCAUCCAAUUGAAUUGGCGCAUAAACCAAGCAUUCCCUUACUGCAUGUAUAUCCCAAAUAUAGGGUUGGCUAUUCGAAUAAGUAAAGUGUAAACAAGAUCCCAUGCUGUUUAUUGUGCGCAAACGAGAAAAUCGGCCUCUAAACGCACUUUCCAACGUCAGUUGACAGUAAUGAGGCGAAAUCGCCUGUCCCAAGUCGCCAUACAUACCUUGAACACAGAGUACACAUUUGUUUGGGACAAAACUGUUGCUGUUUACCCGUUCGAAAAAGGCCGAAUGUUCCUUGGUGCCAUGAAGUUAGAUGAAUUCUUAAUCAACUGGCAUAUCAGAUUUAAUGACAAAUCCAUUGAUCUCAGAAAUGAACGAAAAAGACGAGAACCAUUUAGGACGAACUGACACAAGCGGCGUCUGUUUGCUUGGCGCAAACGCCAAGCAAACAUCGGUUUUUUAAGUAUACUUAAGGUGCUGUUUUUGUUCUCCGUCUGCGCCUGACUACAACCUAUGAAACCGGCGUUAAAAGUGUACAGAAUAAAAUUUAUUUUCCCCAAGAGUAUGUUUGAUUUCAGCUUAUAUUUUUGGAUGUCACCUCUCCAAUAGCAUUUAUGGUCGAUUUGCUAUCUCGUGAAAAGUUAACCGAAAUUCCGUAAUGUGUUUUCACAUCAAAAAGAUUGCUUAAAUAGGGCUUUAAUAUUCACGAUUGUGCAGCAGAAUCCCAAGAUAUUUCAAUCAUACCACGAUGCCACAUUUCAGAUGAGCUUCCUUCCGCCAUCUGCAAAAACUACGCUCUGUAAAAAUGACCACUAAAGCAGUGUGAAUUCUUCCCAUUAAUUUUCGAUAUCCUUAUAAAUCCAAAUGUAUUUUACAGAAUAAAUUCAGUAAAACAUUCAUCCUUCUGUUCAUUGAUUAACAAAUUACGUCUGCUUUAAAUUUUAUACCUGAAGAAAGAGUAUAAUUCGGUUUUAAAAGGCUUCCAACCCCCAUAUAUUUUGCAACCCCACCCGCUCUCACAGCUGCACUUAGGAUUUCCAAACUGCAAGCUGUAUAUUAUUAUGUAUGAAGGAUUACAAGUUUAUGUAUUCUUUUUAAGAAGAUAUCAUAUGAGGUCCAUGAGCUUUUGCAGUGGCUUUGAGCCGUAUUAUAUACUUUACAAGCAACGUUAGUGAAUGUAGAGAUACGAUGUUUUAUGAGUCGACAUCUAACGACUUUAAACAAUUCCAUGAUUAGAAACUCUUUUCAAUCCUGGAACAUACACUUUCUUCAAGUAUAAGAUGUAAAAGGUACAUGAUCUGCUACCAAAUCAAUACAAAAACGAACAUUUUUUAAAAUGUUUUUUGUAAAACUUGUUUAACUUCAUAAGGUCAUCGAAAAUUAAUAGGAAGAAUUCAUUAUACCUAAGUGGCCACUUUUUAGGGCGUGGAUUUUUCAGACGAAUGAAAAGAAGCUGGUUCGAAAGCCGGCGUCCUGACGUGACUGAAGCAUUUUGACACUGCAACGCGGUAAUUAAUGUGGAAAUCCUGCCUUGGUAAUAUUUUCGAGUCGAAAAAACGUUUCAGUAUCUCGGUUAACAUUCCAUGCGAUAGCACACCCACUGUUCACAUAUAGGCAGAAUGAGACUACCGAAAAAGGCAAAGGAACUUGAAUAGCCAUUUCUGCCUUUUUAGCCGCAAUCAGCCAGCAAUACCCAGCCUCAGGUUUGCUUGCAACCUCCUGAGGUUCGAAGCCGCGUUCUGUUGGUUGAAAGUCUAACGCUCUAACCACUGAGCCAGGGGGGUCGUUUCCGUGUCGGUUGUCAGUUUUUCUCAUGAGUAUAUUUAGAAUUUACAAGUAAAACCCUGCAAAAGUUUUCCGAAACAACCACUAACAGCAGCAGUUAUAGCCAGUAACUUCAAGCUGAUUACAACAUGAUUUUCAAAGAAACAACAAAAACCUUGCUGAGGAAAAUAUUGACCAGACAGGAGCCCUAAUUCAGCACCAUUCUAAUCUUGAAUUCCACCAAUGCGACUACCGGCCGAGCGUUGUAUUACCCAUGGCUGUUGACUUUAUGUUGCGCAGUCACUUAUCCCGAUCAGAAAAUGUCGGUUGGAAUCGGAGAUACUUACUCAUAUUAAAAUGACCUCAACCCAUUCAUCCUGGUUGCGGGACAAAAAAGUGAUGCUUGUUGUCAGCCUCAGAAACUCAAGGUAGGUUAAUCGAAAGUUCUCGUUAUGUUAAGGCCAACCAAUAGUCGAUAAAUAUUGUUCCUAUAGAAAGGAGACUGGAAUGAUCUCUUCUGACUAAUUUGCCCUUGUCAAGGGGCCACAACACAAUCUUGUACUGGGGAGAAUUUGUUCGAAGCUCGUCUCUAUGUUUUCGCUUGAGACUAGCUGUCUAACGACUGCAAAUGGGCCAGAAAUGAUGAAACCAAUCUCCCUUUCUUUUCCGGAACGCCCCCUUAUGAAAGUUAGAAUACAUGCCGGAGUCUAACUUUCCAUAUAUUUUUUUAAACAUUAAAGUGUAAGUUUUUGGCACCUGGUUGGCUGGUUUUCCAUGAGAUUGCUUUUGGGCCAGGAGUUCACGCAAACUUCUUCAACUGCAUUCGUUUUCCUUGAAAAUUUCCUGGUCAAACUGCAAACGUCAUGCAGAGCACCGCCUUAUUUAUUUAAAACGUUAUUGCAUUUGUCUGAUUUGCGGAUAUAUGGCCUAAAUUGCUUUGGUUCGUCUAAAAUUUUAGCUUAAAGUUUUCGGAGAAGACAUUCAGGAAAGAAGCAGAACACUUAUCUCAACCCAUUUCCAGACGGAUUCUAUGUCAAACGCUCAAUGUACGUCCCACAGUCUCUACGAAGGCAUUAGCUGUCAACAGCACUGAAGACCAAGAACAUCCCACAACCGUAGAAAAGCCAGUGCCUCUUUUGUACUAUCUAGUUGAAUAUUUCAAAAAUUUAAAUCUUGUAAAUUCUGACAACAGAACGUGCCCUUGAUUUCUCAAUUGCAAAAUAUAGUACUUUUGAUAGUUUUUGUCAUUGACAUUCAGUUUUAUGCGGUUAAUUGAUAGAAGAGACAUUCGUCGAUUUGGCCAGCAAAACAGCCUUAUUUUUGUUGGAAACAUUAUACUUACUAUUACAGUGUGGAGAGAAAUUCUACCUGCACACACAGAUCAUUUCGUGUCAUGCGUACACAACAAUGACGUGUUAGUUCAAAGCACAGACAUCCAGGGGGCGAUCUUAAACUUCUAAGGUACUGCAACCGUUUGUCCAGGCUUUACUAGGUUUACAAUUUCCUUGGAACAUUUAGCGAUCGAAUUUAUUACUUGAGCUUCCUUUUCUUGAUGUUCAGUAGUCUAUUGCCUACUAACUCGCCUUUAUUAGGAAGACUACGGCGAUUCGGAAUCCACCUUUUGGUUGCAAUUCUGGCAUAACGGAAAAUUGCUGUCGCACAAUGUCUACAUACAAUCGUUGCAGUCACCGUGUCUGUCAUGGACUUCCCCCGGCUUGUUUAUAUAACUCUUCUCUCACCAGUUACGUAUACGGUCGAAAUCUAAUUUUGGUACGGCUGUAAGUGUGGCUUAGGACAGCAUUCAUUUAAAUGCCAUUAACUGAUACUUAUGGGUACGCAGUCCUGGUUUGGCUUACUGACUCCUCCCUUAUUUCGUGUAUCUCAUAAUCCUAUUGACACGUUUAAUUGAGGGACGUACUGCUUUUUUAGAAAAUGGAAACAAGGUUGACCUACUGCCUGUGGAUUUCCAAGUCCCAUCGGUCAUCGGAUCAAAAGUGGCGAGUGUUAGCUACCUCUGGAGGGAGCUACAAUACGUGGGCUAACUCAUGAAAUGUCAGCCGAAAUUUCGAAAUUUGUUUCCGUUUCGAAAAGAUUAAUUAAGUAGAGUUGUAAAACUAAUCAUUUUUUAGCAUAAUUCUAUAAUAAUCCAGUUACCUCAGGGUGUAGGCUUUUGAAUAAACUUCUAUCCGACUGCAUGCAAGAACUAUAUUUUGCAAAAAAUGACUAAUUGAUUAGCUUGCAAUUUUCUAAUUGAUUUUCGAAGCCCUUAAAAAUGCAAUUAUAUUUCAUGGAAAAAUGCAUAAAGAUAUUCAUUCUUUUGCUCAUUCGGUAGAAAAUUGCGUCCUUUUCCAAUUUUAUACACAAACGAAGGGUAAAAUUCGGUUUUAAAAAAGGUUCUAAUCGUGGGAUUUUUAAUACCGUGAAAUGGCCAUUCAUAAAACGUCGUGUCUCUGCAUUUACUAAUGUAGCUUGUAAGGUUAAAAAAAUGGCUCAAAUCCACUGUUAAAUUUUAUGAAUCCCACAUGGUCUUCUUUUAAUACCGUAGAGAAAUGUAUGGUUUUCCAUACGCAGAAAAUAUACGACUUGUAGUUUGGAAACCCUGAAUGCAAGUGUAACGGCAGGUUGGGUUCAAAAUUAUUUGGGGAAUUGGAAUGGUUUUCAAAAACCGAAUCAUACCCUUCCCUCGAUUAUGAACUUGGAAAAUGAAGUCAUUUUCUAUCGAAUGAGCAAAAAAAUGAAUAUUUCUAUGCAUGGUUCCAUGAAAUAUAAUUGAAUUUUUAAGGGCAUCGAAAAUCAAUGAGAAAAUAGCAUGCUACUUAAGUAGCCGUUUUUGCAGAGUAUAGUUCUUGCACGCAGUCGGAAAGAAGUUCAUUCGAAAGCCGGCACCCCGAGAUAAUUGGAUUAUUUUAGAAUUAUGCUACAAAAUGAUUAUUUUCACAUCUCUACUUAAUUAAUCUUUUCGAAACGGGAACGAAUUUCGAAUUUUCGGCUGACAUUUCAUGAUAUUUCUUGAUUCUGCCAGUUGGUAAGGUCGGACCGUCGCAGACGAAAAUAUCCACUGCACACCAGCAGCGAUGACUAGCGAAUAAAUUAGUUUGCGGUGUGGCGUAAUUUCGUGGCAUUUUCCUCACACUCCCUUUUAUCUACCCACCACGUUCUGAUGGCAAGGCGAGGUCAAGACGACCGAGAGUGGGCGUGGGCACAAGGGCUGACAAUGCUGAAUAUCCCGUGUAUGCGUGCAGCACGCGACCGGGUCCCACUUCAUGCAUCAGAAUGCAGUAUGCGCGCCUCGAAGCUCAUAUGCAUGGGGAUGCCGUAAAGGCGACAUUAAGAGGGGACUGUUGCAGCCGGACCCUCAGCCCCGAGAAGGGCCGGGUUAUCCUGUCAGUUGGCAACUUCAUAAGCUAUAACUGGUGGCGUGUCGUGGUUGAUUUAAGCACGUCAUAUUUACUGUAGUGGUAGCUGUGUUGGUGUGCUUUGAGGAUUAAGUUCCCAGUGUCCGCCUCACUCUUCCCUUAUAGCAUGUCCCAGCCGGAUGUUCCAGUCUGUCAAUUAACGGAUGAUGUAAUGGAGCGCUGCAGAUAACAAAGCUAGACAGUCCGUCCUGGGCGUGCCAAACGUGAUCUGAUCCCCAUUCCAUAUACCAGGCUAAACUAAAGGACACGACCCCGGCUUAAAUGAGGUGAAUGUGAGUUUCAAAAAUUCCCAUGGAGGGAUUCGGAGGGGUGUGCGAACAUAUAUUUGUCUUCGAUAGAAUCUCAUCAAGUUCAUAUACUUACAUAGGAAGGGGGUCGAAUAGAACAUUUCUGCAGCUUGCCUUUGAGGACAUCGCCUAAAAGGGGUCUGAGCGGCGGGCCCAUACCGACGUCGUUCAUUUGCGUAUAUUUUUGGUUGCCAAAAAGAAACUGGGCAUUUAAUGUGCAUCUUAGCAAUAGUUCCCUGAUUGCGUUUGUAGGCAUUCCUUUCUCCAGCUGCUUGGCCGAUAGGAGUUCACAAAUGUAGUCGACAGUCUCGGUGGGCCAGGCGUUCGUGAGAAAUGAUGAGACGUCUGGCGAAGACACCGCUACUUUGUUUAGGUUCAGGUCUUUGGAGUUUUCAGUGAAUUUGUAAGUAUUCCGAUAGCUACGUGGUGCUAGCUGAUGCUGUGCGCGAUCUGACAGAGGACGCUACAUCCCCAACACCGGCGUUUACAAAGUGGAUCGCACACAUGCUGCAGGAGGGACCCCUGCUGUGUUACGAAGAGACGUCGUGUAGGCGUGUGUUGUGGAAGAGGUUCGCAUGUAGCGUAGUGUGGGUGUGUGCAGGUAGGACAAGGUAUCCUGACAGAGUUUGAACCGCGUCGUUUUUCUGAAUUUGUUCGUCAAAUAGGCCCAUGCGAUUGCCGAAUGUCCCGGCCCACUGUCUGCAGAUGAGACCGGAGUGAUGGGUGUACGUCGUACCUUCAAGCACUGGUUCACCGGUCUCACUGCAAAGGAUUAG